UUGGAAUGUAAUUAUCAGGAGUGAGUCGCUGACCGCGUUCUCAGGAACUUGCACGGUACUUGAGUGAAUUCUUAAACACAAUAUAAAUCACACGAGAGGAGUUUACAGCACCGCAUUUUUGCCUGGACACAAGAAUUUUACAUCCUUAGUACAAUCGAAUUAGUAGGCUCUUAUCGGACAGCAGUUUAGCCUACUUCUGGGACUAAAAUGAAGCAGUCGCGACAGUCGAAGAAUUUAAGGUUUCUGUGUGUGUGGCUGUUUUUUGUAAAGAGCUAUGCUUCAGAAACCUUUCCGCGAGCCCAAAAUGUCACUUGGAUUUCAUUUAAUUUCAAGACAUUAUUAACAUGGAGUCCAAAACCAACUAACUACUCAUACACUGUAGAAUUCUCACAACGUGGCCAGAACAGAGAAAGGACCCCACUCUGUAUUCAGACCAGUAACACCGAAUGUGAUCUAACGACUGCAGUUUCAAACCUGAAAGGCAAAUACAUAGCGGAGGUACAGUCAGAACCUGUGCGUGGUGUUAGCUCUGAUCUAACAGAAUUCCCCCACACAGCUUCCAACUGGUUCUGCCCCUUUAAUGACACAAUCAUUGGCAGACCUGAAUUUAAGAUUGCUGUGAACGAAGAUCAGAGAACAAUAACAGUACAUGUAAAGGACAUUGAAACAGCACUCCUCAAUGGACAGAAACAGAGACAGAGCAUUCGGGAUAUAUUUAAAGACGACUUGCAAUAUAAGGUCUAUUACAGGAAAGCCAAGAGCUCUGGGAAGAAAGAUAAGGUCAGCAUGAGCAGCACGAUAGAGCUGACUGGUCUGGACAAGGGUGUAAGCUACUGCAUCAAUGUGCAGGCCUACAUUCCUUCCCGCAGCGUAGGCAAACAGUAUGGCGAGCUCAGUCAUGUGCAGUGCUCUCCGGAGGAGCACAAGUCAAUCUUUGAUGAGUACAGCUUAGCAGUGAUAGCUUCUGCCAUCCUGGUCAUCGUUGUGAUAAUAUCAGUGGUGAUUGCUGUCAUACUUGUCUGCUGCAAACGUCAACAGAGGGCAAAGAAAAGAGGAACAGAGCGAGUGCCUUUGAAGGGGGUUUGAGGAGCAUGUCUUUAGCUCCUCUGAACAUAGAAAUGAACGCUAAUGUAAAUGCAUUUUACAAUGAAACUGGAUUUACCCUUUUCUAGCACCAGCAUUGCAGUGUAAAGCAAUGGAAUUUUUUCAUUUUGUUUCUAUGAAACUAAACAGGUCUGUUACUUGUUUAUCUAAUGCAGCAGGUGGUUCUUUCGGUGAUCACUGGAUCAAUGGUACUUUCAAUCAAUGGCACGAUCUACUGUUUUUAAAUUUUACAAGCACUGAGUUUGUUGUUGUAAUUGCUGAGUUAUUUUAAAAAUUUUGGGGCUUUGUGCAAGCAGAGGGAAAACCAAAAUAUAAAAUUUUAAAAUUUUGGGGAUUUGUGUAUGCAGACAGAAAACCAAAAUAUAACACUAUUGUAUUAAAUAUUUUAUGAGCAUACUAAUUUUUUUCUAGUUUUUACAAAAGCAAUAUCUAUAUAUUAGUUUUUAUAAGCAUUUUAUGGUACUGUAGACAAAGGUGUUACUAUACUAUGUAUAAUAAAUAUUACUUUAACUGAGAACCAUAGACUGAAGAAAACUGGGCAAAACUGUCAAAGUUGCACUUUUACUUUGUAGACGUGGGAAAUGGUACUAAAGUCAUGAUUACUUUUAGAAACUUCAAAUAAAUUCUGUAUACUCACCAGAUUCAGCAAUUUGGGUCUCUACAAUGUCAAAUCUUAUGUAACUCUGUUGCCAUUUAUACAUAAGGGAAAUUGUAAACUGAACUAAACAUAUUCAAAUGUCA